CGGCGGCGGCGGCGGCGGAGGCUGCGACGUCGAGGGCAAGGCUCCCGGCGGCACUGGCCCCAUCAGCUGGAAAGCCAUGACGAUCGGCCAAAAGUGCUCCUACGUAUUGAGGAACAUAACCGUCGAGCCCAUGGUCGCCUUCUACAUAAUGCCCAGCGUCCUCGCGUCCCUCGCCACUCAGAAUCUCAACCUCGAGAAGGCGUGCAAGGUGAACCUCGGCUACACCGACUCGAUUUGCGCGGCUCUCGCCGCCCGCAACACCAGUGGCCUCGCCCUCGAGGAAACGGCCGUUCAGCAACUGGUCGCGGUCAUGCAGACCUGGAAGACGGCCCUACAAAGCUUCUUCCCAUCGAUUCUCAUAGUGUUCAUGGGCGCUUGGAGCGACAGGAACGGGCUGAGGAAGCCCUGCAUGAUGCUGCCCAUCGUCGGCGAGUUCCUCACGAGCAUCAGCCUCAUAGCGUGUACCUACUGGUUCUACGAGCUGCCGAUGGAGGCUGCCGGCGUCUUCGAGGCCCUGUGGCCGGCUCUGACCGGUGGCUGGUUCACCAUGAUCAUGGGCACGUUCAGCUACAUCGGCGACAUAACGAGCGUCGAGUCGAGGACCGUACGCGUCGGUGCGGUCAACUCGUUUCUAAGUCUCGGCGUGCCAGUUGGCAUGGCGUUAUCCGGAGUAUUGUACAUCAAAUUGGGAUUCUAUGGGGUAUUCGGAAUAGCCGCUGCCUGCUACGUGUUUAGUUUUAUGUAUGGGCUGCUGGUGAUUAAGGAAGCGCCGCGGGCGCUGGAAUUAAGGAAGAGCAUCAAGCUGGCUCAAGCCUCCGAGUUAAAGAAGAUGACUUGGUGGGCGAGUGUCACGGACUUCUUUGCCUUAAGACACGUGCAGGAGACGUUUAGGGUGGCGUUUAAGAGAGGCCCGAGGAACCGGAGGAAGAGAGUCAUGGUACUUAUGCUCAUCGUCAUGGUGCUCAUUGGGCCAAUGUACGGAGAAAUGGCAGUAAUGUAUCUUUUUACGAGAUAUCGUUUCAAUUGGAACGAGGUCCAAUUUAGUUUCUUUUCCACUUAUAGUAUGGUGAUUAAUCUCAUAGGUACUUUGUUUGCUGUGGGAGUCUUCAGUCAUUUUUUGAAGAUGGACGAUGCACUUCUUGGUGUUCUAAGCUGCGUGAGUAAGAUACUUGCAAGCUUCGUUUAUGCUUUCUCUACGACGGACUGGAUGAUUUAUAUAGCGCCGCUGGUCGAGAUCAUAAACGGCACGUCGUUCAUAGUGAUGCGCUCGAUAACCUCGAAGCUGGUUCCUCCCGACGAGCUGGGUAAGGUGAAUUCGCUGUUUGGAGUAUGCGAAGCUAUUGUUCCUUUAGUUUAUGGACCCAUGUACAGCUCCAUUUACGGUGCGACCGUCAAUAACUUUCCUGGGACGUUCUUUCUCGUCGGCGGAGGCCUUAUGAUUCCAGGAGUAAUUGCCUUUUUAUGGCUUUACAUGGAGCACAAGAAGGACGAGGCAUUGGAAAAGGAGCAAGAAGCUCUUGCCUCGAAGCCCAAAGGUAAGGCGGAGCUAGAGUGCCGACUCGAAAACGGCUUGACGCUUGUUAAAUCGAGGAGCGUCUCGGAGCUGACGACGGUCAAGCCGACGAAUGAAGUCACGGGCAUCGAUAACGCGGCCUUCGAGUCGGAGAAACUGUGAUCACUGCUGCCACCGCCGUUGCUAAUGCUAAUGCUGCCGCAACUAUCGCAGUAGUGCCGAUUAUAGUACGAAACAUGCGUGGGUUCGGCGACGAUGUCGUACGCCUCACGCGCAAUGCCAAAAAGUACGAUCGAGUGGGGCGAGGAGAGGAGACGGAGCUUUCUGGUCAGAAGCUCGAUCAGCCUCGCGAAUACUUGCCUACGGGUAUUAAGCUUGUCUGCGUGUGCGUGCGAGUGCGUGC